AUGGGUGAUGCUGAGAUGGUGGUGUUUGGGGCAGCAGCCCAAUACCUGAGGAAGUCUGACCGGGAGCGUCUGGAGGCCCAGACCCGUCCCUUCGACAUGAAGAAGGAAUGCUUUGUGCCUGACCCCGUGGAGGAGUUUGUCAAGGCGUCCGUCACCAGCCAAGGAGACUUGGUCACUGUGCAGACCCAGAAUGGGCAGGUCAGUCUUUACUUCAAGUGACCAAGUUGAAUUCUGCUUCCCUUUUUUCCCCCAGAACAAGGUUGUAAAGUAAUGCAGAAUUAAGUGGUUAAUAAAUACUUGUUCACAUUGCAGGCCUUAAUGCUCAAAUCCGUUUUGUUUUUCAAAUCCAUUUUGGAAUACUGAAUGUCCAAACAGCAAGUUACAAGUGACCAAAUCGGAUUUGUGUGUUCAGACAGCAGUAAUUUGCUGACAUGGCUACGCUAGUUGUCAUAGUAAUGACGGGUGUGUGUGCAGUGGUGUAGGCUGAUUGGUGGUGGUGCUCGUGCUGCCUACACUCUUAGAAAAAAGGGUUCCAAAAGGGUUCUUUGGCUGUCCCCAUAGGAGAACCCUUUUUGGUUAUCAGGUAGAACUCUUUUGGGUUCCAUGUAGAACCAUCUGUGGAAAGGGUUCUUCAUGUAACCCAAAAGGGUUCUACCUGGAACCAAAAGGGUUAUACCUGGAACCAAAAAGGGUUCUUCAAAGGGUUCUCCUAUGGGGACAGCCGAAGAACCCUUAUUGGUUCUAGAUAGCACCUUUAUCUCUAAGAAUGUUUCACUCAGAAGUUAUGUAGCAAGCUAAGGUGACAACAAUGCCUGCCAUGGAUGUUUCCCAGUUGCUUUGAAUGUUCAAAAUCAUAGUGUAAGACACUUUUAAAGCCUCAAAGGAUAAGAUGAUCCAACUUUCAAAACGAGUCCUUUUUGGCUAGCCACAGCAGUCAACUAGCUAGGUAGCUGUUUAGCUUUCUAGGACAGGAAACAGAUUUGUAUCUGAUUUCAAACCACCUAUGAAGGUGGUUUGAAAUGCGCCUUGAAAUAUUUGAUUCCAUAUUAUUUUUGGCUGUUCAGACUGCAAGAAAAAGAACAGAUUCGAAUCGAAUAUGAGUCACUUCAAACUGCCAAUGUGAACAAGGCUUAACUGUCUUUACAAAAUCUCUCCAAUUUCUUACAGACUCUCACCUUCAAAGACUCUCAUAUUAUGCAAUAGAAUCCUCCCAAAUUUGACAAGAUUGAGGACAUGGCCAUGCUGACCUUCCUCCACGAGCCUGCUGUUCUGUACAACCUCAAAGAUCGUUACGCAGCAUGGAUGAUCUAUGUGAGCACGAGAGUCGCUUCUUCAUUAAGUUCGAAAUUUGAAUCUUAAGUUGACAACUUUUUUCUAUGUAAAAUAUCCCCACCAAAACCAUAGUAAUACUUUCCAAUGUUAUGCACUUUCAACUGUAUCGAUCUUUUACAGACCUACUCAGGGCUGUUCUGCGUCACUGUCAACUCCUACUGUCACGGUUUCGGCCGAGGCUGCUCCUCCUCCUGGUUCGGGCAGGCUUCGGCGGUCGUCGUCCCCGGAGUACUAGCUGCCACCGAUCUAUGUUUCAUGUUCGUUUGGUUUUGUCUUGAUGUUGUACACAUGUGUCUUGUUAGUCCUCGUUAGUGUCCUAUUUAGUUCUCGUUGUGUGUGUUUGUCUUUGUGUGUGAUUGCUCUUCUGUUUUGUGUUGGAGCUACGUACUUCCCUCCAGUGUUUUGGAGAGGUUUUUCGCACAUGUUAGUGCGCCGUUUGUUUGACGCCUGUGUGCGCCGUUAUUUCGCCUUCGGGCUUAUUGUGCUUAUUUUCUACGUGAAUAUUGCACUAAAGUCUUUUGGACUGAGCUUCUGCGUCCUGCGCUUGAUUCAUGCACCACACCCACCUUCAGCACCCCUUGACACCUACAAGUGGCUGCCAGUGUAUGAUCCAUCUGUAGCCUAUAGAGGCAAGAAGAGGCAAGAAGCUCCUCUCCACAUCUUCUCGAUCUCUGACAAUGCCUAUCAGUGCAUGCUGACAGGUAAACUCAAAUAGCUACUUUAGAAAAUAUGUAAGGGAAUGAUAAUGAUAAUUAAUUCUGAUAAUUAUAUAAAAUUGCAUUUUUAUUACCUGUAUAGACCGUGAGAACCAGUCUAUUCUGAUCACGUAAGUACUACACUACUCAUCCUACUCACAUGCUUUAAAAGAGUGCUUUAUCUGUCAUGUUACAUAGGAUAUUGUGAUAAACUCUAUUUUUAAAGAUUACUGUGUGUUUCCAGUGGAGAAUCUGGUGCUGGAAAGACUGUGAACACCAAGAGAGUCAUCCAGUACUUUGCAAGCAUUGCAGCUAGUGGCAGGAAGAAAGAUGCAGCCGCCCAAAACAAGGUAUUCAAUCUGCGACAGCUUUGGCAUGCAUAUUUUCAUGAUUGAGCAGUUCUGUAGCUAUUUGUAAAGCCAAGCAUCUAACAUGUGUUUCUAUAACAUUCUAAGGGAACUCUGGAGGAUCAAAUCAUCCAGGCUAACCCAGCUCUGGAGGCCUUUGGUAACGCCAAGACCAUCAGAAAUGACAACUCCUCAAGAUUUGUGAGUUUUCUGAUGGAUAUUCUUAUACAGCAUUAAUCACCCAAAAAGAAACUAACAGAAAUAUUAUAUUUAGGGUACAUUUAUCAGGAUUAAUUUUGACACUCGAGGAAAGCUUGCUUCUGCUGAUAUUGAGACGUGAAUCCAAAGAUAAAAAAACACUUUGAAAAGUCUGAGAGAACUGGUCUACAGUGUCUGAAAUAAAUGUAUUUGUCUACUGUUCUAAAUCUCCUUAUUUCCAGACCUUCUGGAGAAGUCUCGAGUCACUUUUCAGCUGAAGGCUGAGAGGGACUAGCACAUCUUCUAUCAGAUCUUGUCAAACAAGAACUGGGUCAGUACCACAAUUAGAUAACAAUGGUGUAAUGACUGCAUUCAUUUGUGGAGUGUAAUAAUAAGUAAUAGCAUGUCUGUAUUUGUCUUUCUAUGUCUCUCUUCCCGACCUUAUGGGUAUACAGAGAUGUUGCUUGUCACGUUCGUUAUAUAAAGGAUUGGACCAAGGUGCAGCGUGGUAUGCGUACAUGUUUAAUUUAUUAAAUAAACACUUGACAAAAUAACAAAAGCAACUGAACGUGAAGUUCUAAAGGCUAACAGCAACAAGCCUAAACUGAAACAGAAACAAGAUCCCACAACUAAAGGUAGGCAAAAUGGCUGCCUAAGUAUGAACCCCAAUCAGAGACAAUGAUCGAAAGCUGCCUCUGAUUGUGAACCACACCCGGCCAACAUAGAAAUAUAUAACAUAGUUUGGUCAGGGUGUGAAUGUUGACAUUCUAACUAGAGAAUAACAAGGUUCUCAAGGUCAGGCCGUGACAGUACCCCCCCCAAAGGUGAGGACUCCGGCCGCAAAAACCUGACUCAAUAGGGGAGGGUCCGGGUGGGCAUCUAGCCUCGGUGACGGCUCCGGCUUCGGACACAGUACACUCCUCUCCUUUCCUGCCUCCCGUAGCACACCUGGUCCGGUCUGGACCCCGGUGCGAUGCUUCCCCUCUUAGUCCUCCCACGAUGCACCAAGUCCUGUCUGGACCCUGGUGUGGGAGCCCUCGACCCUGGAGAGGGGUUGACGUCUGGUUCCGGCUCGGCAGUCCUCCUGCGAUGCACCAAGCCCUGUCUGGACCCUGGUGUGGGAGACCCCGACCCCGGAGAGGGGUUGACGUCUGGUUCCGGCUCGGACCCCGGUGGCGUGGAUGGCUCCGGCAUGGGGGAAGAGUAGACGACCAGACCCGGACUAGGCACCGGUGAAGUGUACUGCCCCGGCUCUGGUAGGGAGCAGAUAACCGGAGCUGGACUAGGCACCGGUGGAGCGGACUGCUCUGGCACUGGAGUGAAGCAGCUGACCGGAGCUGGACUAGACACCGGUGGAGUGGACUGCUCUGGCACUGGAGUGGAGCGGCUGACCGGAGCUGGAUUAGGCACCGGUGGAGCGGACUACUCUGGCAUAGGAGUGGAGCAGCUGACCGUUGCUGGACUUGGCACCGGUGGAGCGGACUGCUCUGGCACCGGAGUGGAGCAGUGGACCCGCACUGGAGGUCUGGUGCGUGGCGCUGGAACAGGCCGUACCGGACUGGAGACACACACCACUGGUUUGGUGCGAGGAGCAGGUACGGGGCGCACCGGGCUGGCGACAUGCACCACUGCUUUAGUGCGAGGAGCAGGUACGGGCCGUACAGGACUGGAGACACGCACCACUAGUUUGGUGCGAGGAGCAGGUACGGGGCGGACCGGGCUGGCGACACGCACCACUGGUUUAGUGCGAGGAGCAGGCACGGGCCUUACCAGGCUGUGGACACGCUCCACUGGUUUGGUGCGAGGAGCAGGUACGGGGCACGCCGGGCUGGAGACACGCACCACUGGUUUGGUGCGAGGAGCAGGCACGGGUCGUACCAGGCUAGGGACACGCACCACUGGUUUGGUGCGAGAAGUAGGUACGGGGCGCACCGGGCUGGCGACACGCACCACUGGUUUGGUGCGAGGAGCAGGUACAGGUUGUACAGGACUGGAGACACGCACCACUGGUUUGGUGUGAGGAGCAGGCACGGGCCUUACCAGGCUAGGGACACGCACCACUGGUUUGGUGCGAGGAGCAGGCACAACCCGUCCUGGCUGAACGCUCAUUUUAGCCCGGCAAGAGCGGGACGCGGGCACCAAGCGCACCGGGCUGUGAAUGUGCACUGGAGAUACAGUGCGUAUCACAGCAUAACAGGGUGCCUGUAUGGUCCCAUGCUCCUUAACGCGAGGGCGGGGAGUUGGCUCUACUCUGAAACCUGGCUCCGCCAGCUCUAAGGACUGCGUUCUCUUUUGCUGUACGGUUAACUCCUCUCUCAGCUCCUCCUGUUGUCUGGCCAGCUCCUCUCUCCGUGCAUCCACUGACUCCUUCUCCCUGUGGGCCUCCUGCAGCGCCUCCCUCUGAAGGGAGCUCUCCUGCUCUCUCUUAACUAACAGCCCCCUUAAGGUAGUUAUCUCCUCUCUCAGAGUGCUGAGCUGCAUGUCUUGGAGGGCCUCUAUAAUAGCGGCCUCCUCUUCCUCCACAGUCAGCCAUUUCAGGGUCUCCUUCUGCUCCGUGUGCCCCCCCCCAAAAAACAUUAUUGGGGCUGCCUCUCGUGCUUCCUUCGCGGUCGGCACCGUUGGCGUCGCCGUUGAUCCUCUCCUGCCUUGGCUUCUUCCUUCGCCCAGGGUCCUUUACCGGCUAAUAUCUCCUCCCAUGUCCAAAAUGUCUUCCCCACCUGUGUCCAGGGUGUCUGCUCCUCCUGGCCACGCUGCUUGGUCCGAAUAUGGUGGGACCUUCUGUCACGUUCGUUGUAUAAAGGAUUGGACCAAGGUGCAGCGUGGUAUGCGUACAUGUUUAAUUUAUUUUAAUAAACACAGACAAAAUAACAAAAUCCAACAGAACGUGACGUUCAAGAGGCUAAACAUCAAACAAUCCAAACAGAAACAAGAUCCCACAACUAAAGGUAGGCAAAAUGGCUGCCUAAGUAUGAUCCCCAAUCAGAGACAACGAUCGACAGCUGCCUCUGAUUGGGAACCACACCUGGCCAACAUAGAAAUAUAUAACAUAGAAUGUCAACAUUCACACCCUGACCAAACUAACUAGAGAAUAACAGGGUUCUCAAGGUCAGGGCGUGACAUUGCUGGUGACAGCUAAUCCCUAUGACUACGCCUUCAUCUCCCAGGGGGAGACAACUGUGUUGUCUAUUGAUGACGCUGAUGAACUGAUGGCAACAGAUGUGAGUUACUUAUUCACCGUCACUCUGGCCCCUGAAUUUUGGUAUUCUUUCGUUUGGGAAAUCAGAGUGUUGUCUUGUUGAAUUUCAAGCCAGCUUGUUAUGUUGCAUAUGUCAAGUAAACAUUGCAGCCUACCCUGUUCUUGGUUUGAAAUAAUAAUAUCCACUAUAGCAGAGUGGUCAUUACAUCAUGAAAUAUCAGUGGGGGGUUUUAAAUGACCAAUUCUUACUUCUACAUCGCUGUUCUUUUCUUCUCCUCCACAGGAUGCUGCUUUACUCUGGAGGAGAAAAACUCAGUGUAUAAGCUGACUGGUGCCAUCAUGCACUAUGGCAACAUGAGGUUCAAGCAGAAACAGCGUGAGGAGCAGGCAGAGGCUGAUGGCACUGAAGGUGAGACCUGGCUAAAAGCCAAAAGCAUUGGGAUUAGAUAGUUCUGUGAAUCCAUGUGUAAAGUCACUGGUUUUCUUUCCCAGGUGCUGACAAAGUCUCAUAUCUCAUGGGCCUGAACUCUGCUGACCUCAUAAAGGGUCUCUGUCACCCAAGGGUCAAAGUAGGGAAUGAGUGGGUCACCAAGGGGCAAACUGUCCAACAGGUGAACUAUACCGUUGGUGCCCUUUCCAAAGCUGUGUAUGAAAAGAUGUUCAUGUGGAUGGUGGUGCGAAUCAACCAGUCAUUGGAGACCAAGCUGGCUCGCCAGUACUUCAUCGGUGUACUGGACAUUGCUGGUUUUGAGAUCUUUGAUGUGAGUUUAUAAAUAGACAAUUAUUAUCAAAUAUUAAUUUAGGUUCUCAAGCAACACUAUCAAGUAAUGUUCCUGAUAGGAACCUUUAUGUGAAAACCUAACCAUUUAACCAUCUAUAAUUGCAGUACAACACCUUUGAGCAGCUCUGCAUCAACUUCACCAAUGCAAAGCUGCAACAGUUUUUCAACCAACACAUGUUUGUUCUAGAGCAAUAA